AUGGAGGAGAAGCAGAAUACGGAGCAACUUGCGGAAGAGCUGGAGUCACGCGUCGUGCAGCAGUCAAAUCCGUACCUGUUCGAGGCCUCAGCAACAACUGUAGGCAGCGGCCGAGGGAGUACCAUCGCUGCCUCGGUGCCUCCGCACCUCCCCGGUUUCGGCCCCACGGGCUGGUCGCCGCCACCCUCUCCGCUUACGGGUCGAGUAGGCACUCCUACCACGUUGCAUACCGUCAUGACCACCGGUUAUGGAGGCGCCAUGACCUCUGCCCAUCGUGCAACCGUUACCGCCUCAACCCACCACUCUUAUGCGAUGGGGCGCUCAGGUCCCCUCUUCCCCGGUGGCACUCCCGCUCCACAGCGCGCCAACUCGGCCAUGGCACAGCUCCUCUGCCAACCACAGGUACUAAACGAGUAUGACGGUGUCGCACCAUCCGAGAGUCACUUUCAACGCCAGCGUUCGAACCCUGAGACAGUGCAGAGACAGAGCUUAACUACCAUGAAUAGUAACCCGCAGGAGAGUCCCUAUGAAUUUGGUCCGGACAACGUUAGCAUCAGUCAGUUGCAGGUGUGGAGACCGGAGAACAACGGCGAGAAGGUUCCUGAAGACCUCUCCUACCCCGUUCAGAGGGCUUCAAGCAGUCUGGGUCAGGCCUAUCCCAAUCAAUCAAUAAACGGCGUCAGUGCUCCCUCUCCUUUGAGACAACCUAGUACUCCUAGCACUACUCGUAUGUUUAGCGGCCCUAAUCGCAGCCUCCAGCAUCUGAUGGAAGUGGAGGCUCUGAGACUGAAUGAGAGCGGCCGCCCCAACUCGGCCAGUCCGGUGCCGCCCAAACCCCAAAUCCGCGUUCCCCUUGGGACUCUUGCGCAGCCUUCCGCUUCCCCUGAGCCACCUUCAGGCUCCAGUCACCGGCGCCACUCCGUCCCCUCUUAUCGCAUUGCUGUCUCCGGUAGUGCGGUGCCCCCUAGGGCUCCCAUGGGAAAUGUGCCGGUGGCCACUUCUGGAGCGCUGUUAGAGAGCCCCGGUUCUAGUGCAUCUUCAAAGUCUGAUCCUACGGUUGCGAAUACACCAAAGCAACUCGCUCCAGGUGGUCUUGUGCCCGCCUCCUCGCCAUACAACACUCAUUUUCCGCAUGAAGGCGAUGUGCCUUUGAUCAGCACGCACCUACACCACCAACUCCUUCCCACUUCCACCGCCUUUUCUACCAUUACUUCUACUACCACCAUGCCCUCCACUCUCGGAGGUGGCAAACCAAUGAUGCUUCAGCGUGUUGGACAAGCCGCGUCUCAGUUCGCACCAUCGCCCACACCGAGCAAGAAAAAGUCGAUCACCGGCACCCUCGGUCGGAUCUUCAAGCGUAGUGGAAAGGACCAACCGCAAAUUGGGCUACCACAGAGUCCCAUAAUUCAUCACCAACAGCGACUCACUUCCACUUCACCAUCUUUGGGCAUCGCCUAUAAUCCACAGGCCGCGGCUCAGCUCCAACAAAAACAGCUACUACAGCAGCAACAACAACAGCAUUUGCAGUUCCUUCGACACAAGGAGAUGCAGCAACAACACCUUUAUCAGCUGGCGCAACAGAGGCAACAACAACAGCAACAGGGCGAAAAACAGACUCCCUAUGAUAAUGAAGACACCGAUGGUAUGCUUUCUCCACCGCCCCACUCCACAGGAAGCCAGUACACCAGACAGCCGAAUAAUUUUGCUCCAGGAACUGGUCUCCCUGCAGCUCAGCCGUUGGAAGAACGUCGGCGAAAGAAGAAAGAAGAACUUCUAGAAGAGGCUAUGGAGGCCCGUUUGCCUUUUGCUCAGUGGAACGGACCCACCAUCGUCGCUUGGCUUGAGCUGUGGGUGGGCAUGCCGGCGUGGUACGUUGCCGCAUGUCGAGCCAACGUCAAAUCCGGCGCGAUAAUGGCCGCACUCUCUGAACAGGAAAUUCAGAGAGAAAUAGGCAUCAGCAACCCUCUCCACAGACUGAAACUCCGAUUGGCCAUCCAGGAAAUGGUCGCGUUGACCGCACCCACACCGACACCGAGGCCUAACACAAGCCGAUUGGCGUUUGGAGACAUGGAUCAUGAGUGGAUUGGGAACGUGUGGCUGCCAGGCUUGGGCUUGGCACAAUACCGACCAGCCUUUAUGGAGUGCCUAGUGGACGCACGAAUGCUAGAUCACCUUACCAAACGGGAUUUGCGCACCCACCUCAAGAUGGUAGACGCAAUGCACCGCACCAGUCUUCUCUAUGGCAUUGUUUGCCUUAAACGUCUCAACUACGAUCGAAGCGAGCUUGAGCGGCGCCAGCGAGAGUGUCUUCACCGCGACAGCAUUGAUCUCUUAGUGUGGACCUGUGAACGGGUGCAGGCGUGGUUAGACCAGAUAGGCCUACGGGAGUAUGCAAGCCAUCUAAACGGUUCGGGAGUGCACGGGGGCCUCUUGGGCCUACACACAGAGGUAGAUGCGAACCAGUUGGCGCUGAUCCUGCAGAUCCCAUCUUCGGCAACCAACGCUCGCCUCAUUCUGGCUCGAGAGCUGGAGAGUUUGGUGCAGCGAUACCGCGCCACUGCUCCCCUCGCCGCCGCUGCCCUCGGACCCGCGCCUCGCGUUCUUGCAAUGGAGGCAGCGGCUGCUGCGGCCGCCCGCGCCCUCCCAUCGGCCUCCAUCGCCGGCUCUGUUGACGGUGAGAGCGGAUCUCUACCGAUCAACGGCGAUGCCGACGUCGAAAAGUCCCUUCCAGCAGUUACAAUGCAGUCAGCCGUUGAAAACCAACCACAUCUUCCUACCUCCGCUAUAGUAGGCUCACACCUCGAUCACACUGCUAGCGAAUUGCAGAGCAUUAUUUGCGAGCUUGCCUCAACAGCGACUCAAAAAAGCCACAGCGGUGCAGAGCCGACGACCGAUGGUCAAGAGGAUGAAAAUCCCACCACCACCGCCACCACCACCACCACCACUGCAUCUGUCACCACAUCCUCGACUUUAACACCGACAGUCUCUGCCAUCGGCGCAACACCAGCUACACCGCUGGCGGGCCAGCGGGCCAAAAAGGGCGCCGCCCCUCCUCCCCCUUUGAUAUCUGCCCAGGCAAGGUCAAAGACGUAA